UUUGAUUUUCGUCUCUGACAGACUGAUGAUGAUGUUUUCAAUGCUGUUCAUUAUGCUGUAAAGACUGGUUACAGACAUUUAGACUGUGCGGCAAUCUACAGGAAUGAGAGAGCUGUUGGUAGUGCCAUUAAAAAACUUAUCAUAGAAGGAACAGUAACAAGAGAAGAUUUAUUCAUUACUAGCAAGUUAUGGAAUACCUGUCAUAGCCCGGAUCUAGUACGAGCCAGCUUAAAGAAGUCCUUAGAUGAUCUAGGCCUUAAAUAUCUAGAUUUGUAUCUUAUACACUGGCCUAUGGCUUAUAAAGAAGGGGGAGAUUUUUAUCCUAAAGAUGAAAAUGGAAAAGUUAUAUUUUCUGAUGUUGAUUAUGUGGAUACAUGGAAGGCAUUAGAAGAUUGUGUAGAUGAAGGUCUUGUUAGAAAUAUUGGUGUAUCAAACUUCAGUAGUAAACAAAUACAGCGUAUCUUAGAUGUUGCUAGAAUUAAACCACAACUUAAUCAGGUGGAGUGUCAUUUACAUCUAUCUAACUCAAAGUUACACAAUUACUGCCAAGAGAACGGGAUUGUGUUACAAGCCUAUGGUCCUUUAGGUUCACCUGGAAACAAAUCAGAGCCACCACCAAGGUGUUUGGAAGAACCAGUAUUAUUAGAAAUUGCUAAAGCUAAAAAUAAAUCUCCUGCACAGGUGAAUUUAAGGUUUCUUUUACAAAGAGGUUUGUCAGUUGUACCAAAAAGUGUUAGGCCACAAAGAAUACAAGAAAAUUUCCAGAUUUACGAUUUUGAACUAUCCCCGGAAGAAAUGAAACUUUUACUUGAUUUAAACAAAGACUACAGAUUUAAAACUCAAGAAGCAGCUAAGGAUCACAAGUACUACACGUUCAAUGACCCUUUCUAAAAGAUGAAACAGCUCGCGAGAGAAGAAAAAACAUGCAAGCCAAAAAAAAACGCCAAAGUAUUAUAGACAAGAUGGUGCCUUUUAUAAACUUUUAUGAUUUUACCAAAAAAAAACAACAACAAUGUGCCUUACAUAAAACUGUUAACAGCAAUCAAUUUAAACUAUGCCCAGUAUAUUAUUUGAAUAUUAUGUUUUAUAAAAUACCCGGAAUUGUUAAGCUUUUACCUGUGUACGACAAUUGAUUUGCUUUUAAUCAUGAUAUGUAUGCUCUAUUUUGCUUUGUGAGGUUUGUAAAAAAAGCAACAACUACAUGUAAUAAAAAAAAGGGAAUUAUUUCUCAAAUUUAGGUAAAAUAUAUUAAGCCCAUCAAUUUUUACUAGUUUUAUAUAUGUAAGAAUUAAGACAUUGUCUUUGCAGUCAUCAUCCAUGUGAAUUUAUGUGCUUUCAGCAUCAUUUAAACCAAAAUAGAUGUAUAUAUAUAUGUAUGCCUAGCUUGAUAAAUACAGUGUUUGGUAUGCACUUUAAAUACAACCUUCAUCUUUGAAAUUUCAGGGAUUUUUUUCGGCAUUUUAGAAAAGAAAUACAUGUAACUAUAAACCAAAUUUUGAAAAAUUAAGUUGUUGAUAUUAAUUCAUAAAGGGCCUUUAUGAAAGUUUAAGAAAUGAAUAAUUUGAUUAUCAGACAUAUCCCUGAGAUGUAGUUCAAUAUUCCUCAUUUUUGUCAUUAUGUAAGUUUUGCUUUUGUGUUGAACCUUUGUGUUGUAGGAUAUUUCUGGUGUAUUACUAGUACAUUACUAGUAUAUGGCUGAUAUAUUACUUGUUUAUUUCUGGUACUUAACUAACAUGUGACCGUCAUAUUACUAGUCAGAGACAUAGAUAACAUCUACAUCUCUUUACUAGUACUGUACUGGUAUAUUUCUGUUAUAUUACUAGAACAUUACUGGUACGAAGGUUGUCCCAAAAGUCUGUGACAAAUUUUAUAGACGGUUCAUUUUUAACGCCAAUAAAUAAUAAUUCACACAUUUAACCGUUAAGUUUAUUAUUUAACAUUACAACAAAUCAUUUAUAAAAUAUUUACUCUAGUUACUUAGAAAUUUCAGUAUGAACAACAUUGGUUUGAGUUGCAGGCGCACGUCAAAUAAUUUACAUUUUGUUAUGAAUAGGCUAAAAUUAAUUACGUAUAUUUCAAAUAUCUGAUUAUGUGUCUGCACAAUGACACGUUGACUUCCUCUGCUGCUAUGUUUACAUUAUCUCAGAAAAUUUUAGUUAAAUAACUUAAGAAACGAACAUGCUACAGAUAAAUGAAAAUAUCUCGUAGAAAAUAGGAAAGUUAAAAUGGCGACGUUGGAAGAAUUUGCGGUGCAGUGAACAGAUCACUCAGGUUUCGUGACUAUUUCGAGAUGACACUUGUUACGAUUUUCAACAAAUAUACCAAAUAGAACAGUUUAGCAACAUAUCCUGAGCAUUUGUUUACUACAUGCAUGAACAGAACAAGAGUUCUGCACUACAAAAAGCGAAAAUAAGGAAGACACGAAAAGGAAGACCAAUCUCCAUCGCCUAUUUCCUACAGCUAAAAGCAGGUGCAACGGGACUGGAAGUUCGCGUAUAGCCAAAAUUUAUGCAUGCCAUCCAAACAUUCAAUAGACAUUAACAACCACAUGAUUUAAGUCUGUAAUUGACGAUUUAUGGGUAAAGCUGCACCAUUAUUUUGCAUUGAAAGCCAUUGAGAGUAUUUCAUGUAUUUGAGAAAGGCGCCUUAUAUAGAUUUAACACGGUCUUUGACGUUUGACGCGCGCCACGAUUCAGAUAGUUGCCAUGGUAUUUACGGCAUAUGUUUGUUGUUUGUUGAUAUUUUUCUAUGUAAAUUUGUGAAAAUGUUUCAAUAAUAUGAGUCUAUAACAUAGUAAAAUAUCAAAUUCGUACCUAUUUUAUCUAGCUUUUAAACAAUCUUGUGACAACCCUCGUAUAUUACUGGUACAUUACUGAUAUAUUACUAGUAUGUUUCUGGUAUGUUACUUGCAUGUAACUGGUAUAAAGCUGGCAUGUUGCUGAUAUAUUACUAUAUAACUAGCAUAAUACAGGUAAAUUACUGGUAUAUAAUUAGAACAUUACUGAUAUAUUUCUGUUAUAUGACAUGUUACUGGUAUAUUACUAACAUGUUACUGGCAUAUUAUACUAGUACAUUACUGGUAUAUUACUGUUUAUAAGUCUUCCAUUUUAAUUUUUAUGAAUAUAUUUUAUUGAUCAUGUUUUUUCAGACUUAUUUUAAACAUAAGAAAUAUGGUCGAUAGAUUUGUUUUUAUAAAAGCUUGUUUGGUGUUGUAAUAAGGUGCUAUUAUAUCAUAAUUUAUGUGUACAUUAAAAAGAUAAAGUGGAUAGGUUUACAAUUGGCGCAGUUUCCUUAAUUAUUUCAUAUAUUGAUAAAAACAAUAGAAAUGUAACAUAUGUUUAAUCUUAUGAAAUGUUUCUUGAAAAAAAUGUUGAUGAAGUUCUAAGUGAUGUAGAAUGAACAUAAUAAUAUUUUGUUCUAGAACAUUUUAUUUUUUGUUAUAAAGAGGAUAUUGCAUGAGUGUAGGUUUAAGACUGAAUUUAUGGAAUGAGUUGAAUAAAAUUAUAUUAUGCAACCUCUGGCGAGCAAAAUAUCAUUUUAUUCAACAAGUUCAAUAAAUUCAGUAAUGACCUUACACAAAUUUGAUAUUCUAUUUAUCACAUACCAAAGGAAAGACCUUUCGAAGUGAAAAAGUAACAUUUUUCAUUGACGUGCCUUUAGUAUAAAGCUAACAUUUAGCGAGUCUAAACACUAACUUUAUAUAACGCAAAUGACCUCACGUCAAAAUAUAUGCAUGUCCAUACAAUUCUAUUUUUACGCAAAAAGCAACAUGGGUAUGUGAUAAAUAAAUAUAUGAAAUACCCCAUUGUGUAUCUCACAUUUACCAACAACUUCCAUGUACAAUGUAUAAUUCUUUCGUGGUUUGUUGUUAUGUCUAUUAUGAAAUUCCAUUAAAGUAAUUAUUCAUUUCUUUACAGACCAAUUCACUUUAAUGGUAAUUUGAAUACAAGGAAAGGCCUUUAGAAAAUUUGUUGACAGUAGCAAACUGCUAUAUCUAAUUGAACAAAUCCAGUGUUACAAGUAAACAAUGUAUUUCAGGUCUCUUGUAAAAUUUAAGUAAUUUUUAGAAUUAUUUCAUAUAAUUGUAUGUAUUGUUGUAAAACCAUUAAUUAAUUACUAGUCAUGAUUUUUCUUGAUGUAGAUAAGUUUUUCUUCAGAUUGUCCUUUAAAGCAGCAUGCCUCAAGAUUGAUGCUAGUUUUCAUGAACAUUUUUAAACUGUAUUUAAAAGUAAACUUUAUUGAAGAGAACAAAGCAUUAUUUUUUCCAAUCCAAUGAAAUUACAACAAAGAGGUCAGAUUAUGUAAGAAUAGCCCUUACUUUGUAAGUUACGCAGUAGAAAUGUGCUUGAUUUAUACUACAAAAUUAGUCAUUAAUCACAUUUAAUAUUGUACUAAGGUUAUUACUUGAAAUUUGAAUUCUUUUACUUAUCUUGCUUAGAUUCUUAACAUUUUUAUGCCCCCACAAAGUGGGAGCAUAUAGCGUUGCACUUGUCUGUCCGUCCGUACGUCCGUCUGUACGUCCGUACGUCCAUCUGUCCGUACGUCCCAAAAUCUUGUGAACUCAACUCCUCUUAAACCGGAUGGCAGACUUUGCUUAAACUUCCAGGGAUGAACAACCUUAAUGUGUAGAUGGCAGUAAAGGAAGGAAUUUUCGCUGCGACCAAAUUUAACAGAAUUAUGGCCCUUUGUUGAUUUUUUCACUAUAUACUAUGUAGAAAUUUUGUUAACGCAACUCCUCUUAAACCGGAUGGCAGAUUUUGCUUAAACUUCCAGGGAUGAACAACCUUAAUGUGUAGAUGGUAGUAAAGGAAGGAAUUUUUGCUGCGACCAAAUUUAACAGAAUUAUGGCCCUUUGUUGAUUUUUUCACUAUAUACCAUAUAGAAAUAUUGUGAACGCAACUCCUCUUAAACCGGAUGGCAGAUUUUGCUUAAACUUCAAGGGAUGAACAACCUUAAUGUGUAGAUGGAAGUAAAGGAAGGAAUUUUUGCUGCGACCAAAUUUAACAGAAUUAUGGCCCUUUGUUGAUUUUUUCACUAUAUACCAUAUUUAUGUUGUCAGUGGGGGCAUCCGUGUCCUUUGGACACAGUUCUAGUUUUGUCAAGUUUGAUUUUCUUGAAAUAUUUUGGCUAAUCUGGAGGCAUGCAGCUUUAAUUAAUAUUUCAACAUUAUCAGAGGGAUAUUAAUUUUUGUCUUCAAUCAAAAUUUCAUUUUAUGACAUUAUACAUAUAUUCUAUAAUACUUUCUUUACCAAUAAUUAAUAAUGUGGGGAAGUUGGCUUUUAUUUGUGGAGACAAAGCAAGAAAGAAACACUAAAACUCCUGUCAAAUCAAAAGAUGGUGUUCCUAACUUGUAUUUCUUUGCAUUUAUUUUAUUAUUAUAGAAAAAUGAACAGUUUUAAACUCGGUAUGUCAUUUAUAAAUGUUCAAUUUCUGCAAUUAGAAAGUUUAUCAUACCUGGAAGAAGGCUGUUCAGCCGAAAUUUUGCAUGGUGUGAAUUGUGUUAUGAUAUCAGACAAUUGGUUGAAUUAAGUGUUAACAAAAAUACCUAUACUGAACCAAAAAAGAAACUUUCGCAAAGUAUGUGCCAGUUGUUCAAGGGUACGACUUAGAUGUACACACUUAUAUACAUGUAGUAGCUUGCAAAACUCAUUGUGUUUGCAAAAUCGGUCAGCUUAUCCCCGUAUAAAAGCCCGAUAUGUUUAUUCAACGUAAAAAUCGAGUUUCAAAAGGAUUGAAAAACUGUACUAACAUAUCUACAUCCAAACUUGGAGAAUGUGAAAGUUUCUUUUUUGUUUUAGUAUAUUUGCUUACUGUAUCUGAACUUUCGCAAUAUUCAUUGCACACAAAUAUAGUGAAAAUUAGAUACUUAAAGAAAAACCUGAUAAAUGGUAUAUUAAAGUGAAUUUUAAGAAAAUGCAGUUGACUUCAUAGUUUUUACUAUUUAUAUAAUUUUUAUCAUACUAAGUCAAAAUAUACAUAUCUGAGUUAGUCUUUGAAGGGCAUUUUUAACGUAUAUAUAUUACUGUAAUCUAUAAACUAUUUUCUAUAACCUUUCUGAGAAAUUGGCAGUUGUAAUGUAGGUCAAAAGUGCUAUUCCAUAUUGUUAAACAUAUUUAAUCUAUAACCUUAAGUAUUGAUAGAUCCCUACUAUGACUUUUUAUUUGAAUAACAAUAGAUUUGACCUAAAGCAUUGACAUAUGCUCUUUUGUUAAGAAUUAUUUUGUGGUGAAAUUCUUAUUAUAAUUCACUAAUCUGACUAAUAUGAUAAUUCAAAUUGGAAAGAUUAGUGUCAUGUAGGGAUCUAUGCAUAAAUGUACAUGGACAUUUUUCAAAUUCAUUCUGUAGAACCUUAGACAAUUCCAUGCCCCUCUUCUGGCCAAUACUUGUUGGCUGGAAGUCAAUUGCUCAUAUUUGUUUCUCUCAGACAAAUUUAUUUAAUACAGAUACAUGUACAUUUCAAUCAGUACUGUAUUUCAUCAAUUUGUUCAUGUUUUAUUAUAUAUAAUAGUGUUAAUAAGUUUCAUUGGUAUAGGUCCCCUUUAUUAGGGCUUCCUUUUCAGGCAUAUAUGGCAUACUUGAGAUACUAGAAUUAAAUAAGCCGCGUCACAACAAAACCAACAUAAUGGGUUUGCGACCAGCAUGGAUCCAGACCAGCCUGCGCAUCCGCACAGUCUGAUUAGGAUCCAUGCUGUUCGCUUACAGACCCUAUAACAAGUAAAGAAACUGAUAGCAAACAGCAUGGAUCCUGAUCAGACUGCGAGGAUGCGCAGGCUGGUCUGGAUCCAUGCUGGUCACAAACGCAUUAUGUUGUUUUUGUCGUGACGCGGCUCAAAUGAUGAUUAAGCUUAGAGGAGUAGGGGGAAAGAAUCAAGAAUUGUAUUUUAUGCUCAAUUAGUUAUCUUUAUAACGGAUAUCACAAGAAAAUUUGUAAGCGGGUCAGGCAACAGUAUAGAGUCUUGUCUCUAGACUGCCCUGGCUCUUUACUGUUGACUUUUUAGUUAUGGUUUCAGCAUAAGCUAGAAUUAGGACUUUACAUUUUAAAUAUUACAAUUCAAGUAAAAAACAUUACAGUUCACGUAAACCAUUGCUCAAUAUUUACAGUAUUCAACCAGGCCAGUUUUCAGCAAUAGAUUAAAAUCAGGGAUUUUUUUUUCAUGAAUGAACAUUUUAUAUAUAGAACAAUUCCCUAUGUUUUUUUUGUUUUUUUUUUCAUGUGAUGUGUACUUAAAUGGCUUACAGGUUGUUCUUAAAACUAAACAAAAAGUGAUGCAUCAUUUGAUGAUUUCCUUGUCCAAAUGUUGGGCAAAUAUUGUAGGUUAUCGCUUUAUUAUUCAUAUAGCAUAAUGUUUAGUAAAAGACAGUUAUUGAUAAUUCUAUUUUAUUCAUUGAUUAAGUUAAUUAAUGUUUAAAGCAGCAUGCCUUCAGUUUAAUGCUAAUUAUCAUUGAAAUUUUGGAAAAUGUAUUUAAUUAAAAGUAAAAUACAUUGUUUUGUGAAGUGAACAAAGAAAUGAAAUGACACACUGAAAACGCCUAUUACAGUAUAGGUAAUUUUAAAAAGAGAGGUCAAAAUAUGGAAAUAUAGACAUUACUGUAAGUCACAAAGUAAAAAUAUGGGGAUAAAUAAUGCAAAAGUCGGUGAUUAAUCACACAUGAAAUGUGAAUUAAUACUUGAAUCUUUUUACUUUUCUUAAAAUUUUAGUACAUUUUUCGCAAGUUUAAUUUUCUUGAAAUAUUUUGGCUCAUUUGAAGGCAUGCAGCUUAAAAUAAAUAAAGUAUAAAUCAGUGUUGUGUUAACACUGGUCUAUAAACCAUUAGGUUGUGAAUUUUUAAUUUGAACACAUGCAUGUAUUUAGAAUGGAUUGAAAAUCUGAUAAUGUUGUUGUUGUAGUAAUUUUUUUUCUCGCUUACCUAUAUACACAUAGAAAUAAAUAAAAUUAAUCAAUUAAAAACUAUUUGAAACUAAAUGGUUAAAAAACUAAUUAUUUAAAAAUGCUAGAACAAGAAAACUGUUAGUAAAUCAAGUAAAUAAUUGGAUUUUCUCAUAAAAUUAUAUGCCGAUCAUUUUAAAAUGAAAUCAUAAUGGCAAAUAAACAUUAGUAAUGAUGUAAAUGAAAGUUAUUUGCAUACACAUUUUUUUGCUAACAAAAAGAACAUUAGUAUUGUUGUUUUCAAGCCAAAACUUGAAAUAUUUAUAUUUUCUAGUAUUUUUCUUUUACAUAUACAUAUAAUAAUAUUAUAAAAGUGCCUGAAACAUUCUAUUAUUUCAUGUUAUCUUUUGUGAAGUUAAUUCAACAAAAAUGUCAUUUUAAAAAGACCCAGUUGAAUUUAAUAACACAUGCAAGAAAUAUGUUGAAAAUUAUUUGUUGUACAUUAAGUUAAAUAUAGAUUGUAACAUUGGCUAUUGUCAAACUCGUCAGCAUUAUAAAAGAAGGUAAUUUUAGAUUCCUAGUAAACCAGAAAUGAAUAUCAAACAAAUGGAUAUAAUUCCUGCUAUGUGAAUGUGAUAUUACAUGUGUGUAAUAUAUAGAUACAUAUUAAUGCUUAUAUUUUUAUUGAAAACUUGUGACAACAUUAGAAUAGACCUUUAUAUAUCUGAAAUUUUAAGUCGUUAUCCUUUUAUCUAAGAAUUUUCAAGCCGUUUUAUGACAUUUUAUCCUAGCUUUUCGAUUCUGAUCCAUAUUUUGAAACUGGUAAUGUCAUAUCUUUUUAAUAUGAAUGUCUACCAAGUCUAUGGACUAAUUUUUGUCGACUUUAUAGGUACGUCUGCUUUUUGUUUGGGCAAACUAAAUACAUUGUAUACCCUUGCAUUCAGUGCAGAUCAAAAUCACACAGCACAGACUUGUUGUCUUAUCAUGGACUGCACUGUUAGCUAUUCAGUCAGUUCAUAUUUUGAAAUUUACCCUAAAAAUGAUAAAUGGCCUUGUCCAGAUUGAAAGAUUGAAAAGUCCAUUUAAGAUAUUUAGGGUGGUAAGAUUUAAAUAAAUUCCAAAAAAAUAUUAUCAGUAUUAAAAUUUUUGACAUCAUAUACAUAGUAUAUAUAUCACAGUAUUUCAGUUGGGUAACAUUUUUUUGUGAACAAGAUUUACAAGUUAUAUGUUAAGCAUUAAAUUCCAAUGGUUUGUAGGAUGAGAAUAAUUCAUUCCAAAUGAUAUCUUACGAAGAGCGUACCUUCCAAACAUUGUUUUGUAAUAAAUGACAGCAGUAUUUAUACGGUAGUCUAAAAAUAGUUUUAUAUUGUACAAACUAUGCUAUCACAUUAAAACUAAAGAAGAAAA